UACCGCAUUACCCAUUUCCCCUUUUCCUUCGUUUUCUCCCACUCGUCUAUCGGUAUCCAAACAAGUCUGACUCGCACGAGGCCACAACCUUACAGAGCUGAACUCCUGCAGAAUCUGGCGGCAGAGCCCAAUUGAUUCAACCCUCCGAACAGAUAAUCGUUCCUGGUUCAUAGUUCAUACAUAUCCAUGUCUCCGACUACAGUUCUAGUCCUCUGUUUUCUCUGUAUCUUCUCGUCGGCUGCGGCAUCGGCCGCCGGCGACGGCGAACUCACGGCCUACGAAAUUCUCCAACGAUACGAUUUCCCUGUGGGUCUUCUUCCGAAGGGCGUAACGGGCUACGAUCUUGACCCCGCCACGGGCCAAUUUUCCGCUUAUUUGAACGGGACUUGCAGCUUUUCUCUCGAGGGCUCGUACCAGCUCAAAUACAGGCCGACCAUUCGUGGGCUCAUCGCCAAAGACAGAAUCACUAAGCUUAACGGUAUCAGCGUGAAGGUUCUGUUCCUGUGGCUCAACAUUGUGGAGGUCGUUCGGAGCGGCGAUGAGCUCGACUUCUCUGUGGGGAUUGCGUCGGCGAAUUUCCCGAUUGACAACUUCGAGGAGUGCCCGCAGUGUGGGUGUGGCUUGAAUUGCGUUAAUGGGCAAGUAAGCAAGCUUAGAACGAACCCUUUUGUUGCUUCAGUUUAAAAUUUAAAUAAGGAAUUAGUAGUUGCAAUUAGAGAUGUCGGUGGAAUUUGAAUAAUGGGUUUUUUGAACUAGGGGCGAAACGAGGCGGGUCUUUGCAAAAAAAAAGUUGAAUUUUAUUUGUUUCGCUUUGGUUGGAACUGGAUUUACGUAUAUGUUAUAUAGUUUAUGCUUUGGUUAGAA